UUUUGAUCGCAGCACACUGAGAGAUCAGUGAUGGCAGGCAUAACUGCUUUGCCACUCCAACAAUUAAUUGCAUCAUUGGACAAUACUUGUCUGCCAAAAAUUCUACAGGUUUGCUCUGGAGUCUAUUUCCAAGGAUCAAUAUAUGAAAUUUCUGGUAGUGAAGUGUGCUUUUCUACUGGGGAUCUAAUAAAGGUCAUUGGUAUUGAGCUCCUAUCCGUUAGCUGCGAAGACGUGAGCAACAAUGAGAAGUUUGAGCUGCCUAUCAACCACACAGGCUUGUUCAAGGUUGUUCCGGAGGAGAUGGCAUACAGUACAGUAGAGGAGAUGCUGAGUCUGAGGCCUGUAGGCCUGGAAUCCUGCCUUCCCUUCACUUUCACCAGCCGCUCCAAGCUGACCUUUGGCAAUUUCACACUGGGGGUCGGGAGAGCUUUGACUGUGCUCUCCAUUGAGCGGAGUGGGGUUGAAGAGGCUUAUGUCCGCUGCCAUGUUCAAGGACAACAGGAAGCCUCAGCUGAAGUGCGCAUCCCUCUCUCUUCCCGAGGAGAAUUCUAUGAGUGUGAGAGCGAGGAGUGCUUCACCCUGCGGGAGAUCAUGUCCUCUGCCUGCCUGCGCAGUCGAAGGUUUCGUUUCGCCAACAAAACCAAAUGUGAAGGGUCAUUUGUCUUCAGUCCAAUUUACGAGGUCCACGCCGUCAUGAACUUGAGGAAGAAUGUGUUGAAGUUCCCCUCCAGCUUAGAGGUGGAUGUGGUCGACGUCACUGAGCUGUGUAAAGAUGUAACUUUUGUGACCCCGCUCAGUCUGACAGAGGUUCUUUCCCAGCCAGAUGAAUCUUUCCCUGCAGUAGUGGAGAUACUAGAAGGCCCAGAGACCCGCUCUCUGUUUAAGUGCAGCUGGCUUCCAUCAAUUAGCAAGAGUGAGCACCUGGUUUUCCACAAGAAAGGAACCACACCCAUGAUUUUAUUAUCGAGCAUGAAGAGCCGGAAGGCACAGCAGUAUUUUCUGGUAUCUCAGGAAUAUGGUGGACGAUUUCGGAGGCGGCCAAGAGAGUUUAAUUCAGUGUACGAGCUGUAUGUUGCGUCAAUCCAGACACCAGGUCUGAAGGUCAGUGUGACAAGGAACUGUGAGGAAGUUGAGGAGGAGGGUCUACCUGCUCUCAGUGUGGGGGAACAGCUGGAGGUUAUUCGCUGCGGAAGUAUGCACUUGCCAUGUGGAAGCAGCAAUGAACAGAAGCAGUCUGUGGAGGCUCUUUUGUGUCAGCGUCUCCAAGAACCAGAUGAUGAGGAUGACGAUGAUUCUGAUGAAGAGGAGAUCAAGCAGGAAGAUAAGGCAGAAGAGAUUUUUCUACCUCUGUACAUGCAGAGUCACUUUGUGGAGGUACUGACUGAUAACAAGAAGUACAGACUCAGGGACUUGGGUAAGGAGUUUAGUUUGCCAUUGGAUGUUAAAGUAGUGAGCCGUGAUCCUGAACUUGAGACCGAUCCACUAGUUGGGUUUGCAUGUCUGAGAAUAGAGGGGGCUAUGUUAGAGCCCACCAUCCAGGCAAGCUUUCUACACAACCCAGACCACUGUUUCGAAAUCCCAACCCAGUGGCUCUCUAUGUCUAUCUCUCUCACCAAGGACCCCCUGCCAUGGUCCAGCGAUCAACCCCCUAAGUACCGCAUGGAUAGAGUUACUGAGGUGACAGACACGUUCUUUUAUGAAUUCCGCAAACAGGGGAACUCAGACGAGGCUCCUCCUCCGCGACCCCCAAAGCGAAAUCUGUCAUCUUCAGACCCUCCAAAAAAAUCAUCAAAACCCUCAAAGAAAUCAUCCAAGGCAGACAAAUCCAAACAUCGAGCAGAUAAAAGUGUCCCAACCAAAGAGUUAGCCAGUUUGGCGCUGAAUACAAAAAGAAGACCUCCGGCUCCCCCACCUCCAGAUGUCUUCGAUGAUCAGCCUCCACCAAUUGCACCCCGAAAGUACUCAGCUGAAAUGACAACGGGCAAGGCUCUGCCAAACACUUACGUGAGAAUGGAGGAAUCUCUGAAAAAAGAGAUGUUGAGUGAAGUUGCAGCAGAUGUGGACAGUGACCACGACUAUGAGACAGUGGAUGAUCAUUUGGCAACAAUGAUGAAAAAAGCACAAGAGAAUGUCAUGUACUACUAAAAAUUACAGUGUGUUCUCCAACAGUGAAAUAUCACAUAUGGGCAGUGAUCUGAAUGAGUGAUGUAUUGCAGUUUUUAAGCUCUCCUAUCUUGAAUCCUAUCCUAUCCUAUUUCAUCUCAGUGUACCAGAGACUUUACAGUCAGCCCAAGCAACCUGUUUAUCAAAGCCCAAAUAUUGUGUUGAAACUCAUUAUACUACUUAAUUUCAUGUUGCAGACAGUUGGCUUAACAGUAACUACAGUAUACUACAUCUCUGAUGACCUGUGAUAUUGCUUGCAAGAUUUAAAGCCCCCUGUGGGGCUUUUGCUGACUCAUGGUAGAGAAAACUGGAGCAGGUUGCCGCUUAGAUAGUUUUUCUCUUUAUUUUGUGCACACUUCAGACAAAGCAAAUGUUUGCUCAAAAUAUUUGAAGCUGAGAGAGCAUCUUUUGGUGCGACACAAACUAUAACACCCUUGCUUCUCAUGUGGUCAGCACAAAUCCUCUUCCUUCAACAUUUAGUCCACAACUCAGACCACUCCUUCAGAGGCUGGAGCUUUGCCACAAGCAAACUUUGACUGAACACAGGCUACCUUUAUUGUAGUAUUUGUUGAAAUAUCACAUAGUGCCUUUAUAUAUUUUUGUUCAAACUUGUCAGAAAAGUGUUGAUUUAACAGUGUGGUAAUUUUGGGGGCUGUAACUUGUAGUUUUAAUAGCAUUAUAUUGUUCAGUACUAAGUAUGGCUUAUUCUGGAACAAAACCUCAGCAACAUCCUACAGAAAAAAAAAACAGUUAAAUAGAAAAACACAUAAAUCAGCCUAAAAUUGCUAAUGUUGAAUCAAUACGUCUUUAUCUCAAAAGCAAACUGCAUAUUUAUAAACUUCACACAGGUGGUAACAGGGUUACAUUUUAUUGUUUAAGAAUUUAAUGUUGAUGUUAAACUCUUUCUGUAUCUAUGCAAACUCUAAACAGAAAGGGGUUAAAUCAGCUCUUGCUGGAAGGCAACACAUGGCUAUUCGACGGCUUCUCACUUUGAGGCUGCAGAAUAACCACUGUGAAUAAUAUAGUUAAUAACAGUAGAUGUUCUCCCUCACACCACAUCAAACUAAUGUCCUGAGAGUACAAUAAGGUGCUACACUUUGUAUCAAAGUGUGUUCUUUUUUUUUGUCAGUUAUAUAUUGUGGGAAUGUGUUCCCAAAUAAAUGAAUGUAGGUUCUGAAACAUUUGUUGAUUAAUGUGUCAUCACAAACUCACUGUCAAAGAGACAACACAAAACAAAUUCAUUACCUGUACUAUCUUACAAUUUUAUUUUAUAGAUGUGUUAAGAGAGGUCUUAACACAUCCAGCUUUCCCAAAUGCAGGUAUGUUGGCAAGUGUCUCAUAAGUUACUGUGUUGUGCUAUCUUGCAAGCAGCUUGUCUAUUGGUGGGUUUUGUACCAAUGAUAUCUCUUAUUAAAAAACAAACACAAAAAAAACACAAAAAAAGCAAAAAAAAGUGGCUUCAGAAUAUACUCACACUUACAGUAUAUGGUUUAUUCAGAUUUUGUUAAAACCUGUCUAGUGUGUGAACGAGUGGGUCUCUGCACAAUGCCCACUGAAUUUUCCACAGGUGGACUCACAGUCACUGAGCAGACAUCUAAACCAUGAAAUGCAAAAUUCUGUUUGUUGUGAUAUGGCUAAAAGUGUGAAAGCACAUGUAAAUGAAGUAUUUCUGUAUUUGAAUCUUAAUAAAUUGGCCUGUUCAUCA